AUACUACGUCGGUUCGGGUAUGUGUAAUUAAACAACCGCAGCCAAAGUCCUAACCAGUAACCACCCACUAAACGGCGAUGGAAGCAUAGAAGACAGAGAGAAGGGAGCAACCUGAGAAAGAAGGAGAAGGAUGUUUUUUUGAGCGGGAACUCUAGCAUCCUCUUCCGUAACCGUGCGUUAAUGGGGACUAUUUAAUGGGUGACGGUUUGUAUAUACGACAUCAAUGGAGAAAGGCGGAUGAUCUGGAGAAUACACAGACGACGUCGACGAUUUUAUUUGCGCCUAUUUCUUUGGCAUCAUCGAUCUGUGCUUUAUAAAUGCAGACGACACCUAUGGUUCAUUUCUAUCGCUCACAAUGAAUUGCAGAGGCCGACAACCUCAAUGAAGAAGACACGGCAACCACCGGCUACCUCAGGGACGAAACGGAUUCUUAGAAGCAGUGGGAAUGAAACAGAGAAGACAAAGAAACCUGUGGGAACAUUGUCGCUUGAGAAUGGAAAAGGUGGAGGUAGUUACCAGAGUACUGUUCAUGUUCUUCAACAUUCGACACAGCAGAGUAGUAUAUGCUUGAGGGAGAGACAAAUAUUGGAGAAGAAGUUGAUGGACAAAGGAGUGAAAGGACCAUAAGACUUCAAAGGGCUCAUCCUAAUAGAUUUUGAGUUUUGGG